AUGAAAUUAAACAUACAAACAAUUCAUUUCACAAUACUAUCCUUAUUUCUCAUUUUUGCACAUGGAACUAAUUCUAGUCAACCCAGCAAUAAAAGUGACUUAAAAUUCAGUUCAACUACCGUCUCCAAUUCUAACGUACCUAAAGCCAUUUCUACCAACAACAUCAAAUUACUCACUACUGCAAAUGCAAUAACUACAACAACCGCACCUAAAGCCAUUUCUAUCAACAAUAUCAAAUUACUCACUACUGCAAUUGCAAUAACUACAACCAACGCACCUAAAGCCAUUUCUACCAACAAUAUCAAAUUACUCACUACUGCAAAUGCAAUAACUACAACCAACGCGCCUAAAACCAUUUCUACUAACAAUAUCAAGUUACUCACUACUGCAAAUGCAGUAACUACAACCAAGGGCAAAAAAGCCUCCACUCCUGCCAAAGUCAAUGCAAUCACUACGACAAAUACUGCCUCCACUCCUACUAAAGCCAAUGUAAUUGCCAAGACUAAAGCCUCUUCUGUUUUCAAAGUCAAAACAGUCACCAAGAAAAUAGCCUCGACUUCUGCCAAAGUCAAUGCAAUCACUACGACAAAUGCUGCCUCCACUCCCUUCAAAGUCAUUACAACCAUUACGACCAAAGCAAUCGUCAUUGAUAACAUCACCACGGCUGGAAUAACAAGCACAUCUGCAACCAUUGGUCCAAUUAUUGCAGCUAUUACUACCUAUCGAGUUACCUCCACGACUGCAAUAGCUACUCCUACAGAUUCAGCAACCAACACAACUGCAGUAAUUGCAGCUUUCAAUGUAGAUCAAGUUACCUCCACAACUGUAAUACAUACUUCUGCAGAUUCAGCAACUGGCAUAACAGUAAUAGCCGCCAGCACUGAUCCAAUGAUUAUAACCACCACCAAUAACCCAGUUAUUUUUAUGAAAACUACAACUAUCGCAGAUUCAACAACAAGCAUAGCUGUAGUAACCACUACUGAUCUUCCAGUAAUUGCAGCCAUAUCGGUAGAUUCAAUUACUACUACGGCUACACUAACUAAUGCAAAUUCAGUAACAAGCACAACUUCAAUAGCUGCUACUACUGAUUCAGUUGCAGCUACUGCUGCAGUAGCUAAUGCAGGUUCAGCAACUAGUACAACCACAAUAACCACCACCACUAACCCAGUGAUUUCAAUUACUACCAUAUAUCCUAUUGCCACUACAACUGCAAUAUAUUCAAUAAUUAGCACAACUGCAAUAGUCGUCAAUGAUCCAAUAAUCGCUGCUAGCAACACAGAUCCAAUUACUACCACGACUGUAAUAACCACUACUAGUAUAAACACAAUAGCUGCCACCACAAAUCCAGUGAUUGCAGUCACCACCACAGAUUCAGUUACUACUAUGACUAUAUUAGCUAAUACAGAUUCAGCAACUGCAAAAACCACCACUGCUCAUCCAGUAAUCGCAGCCAAAUCUGUACUUUCAGUUAUUACUACGGCUACAACAAGCACAACUUCAAUAGCUGCCACAACUGAUUCAGUUGCAGCUACUGCUGCAAUAGCUAAUGCAGAUUCAGCAACUAGUACAACAACCACAAUAGCCACCACCACAGAUCCAGUUACUACUAUAGCUAAUACAGAUUCAGCAACUACAAUAGUUCCCACCAUUGAUUCAGCAAUUACAGCUACUAACAUUAAUCCAGCUAUCUCCACAACUAAUAUAACACCUUUUGAAACCACUGUUUAUAUUCGUCCAUUUCUUCCAGUAUCUGCAACCAAAGCUUCUGCAAUAGUUAGUACAAGCCCAACUUCAAUAUUCACCAUCAAUCGUCCAGUUCGUCCAGUAUUUCCAGCCACAACUUUUGUAUUAGCUAGUAAAUAUUCAAUAAGUGCAACUUCGAUAGCAGUCACUACUGAUCCGGUAAUUGCAGCCACAGUUGCAGAUUCAUUUACUACUACGACUGCAAUAAUUAAUACAGGUUUAGCAACUAGCACAAUUGCAAUGGUUGCCACAACUAAUUCAAUAAUUACAGUUACCACCAUAGAUCCAGUUACCACUAUGACUACAGUGGCAAAUUCGGAUUCAGCAACUAGCGCAACUGCCACAAUUGAUCCAGUAAUAGCAGCUAUCGCCACUGAUCUAGUCACCUCCACAACUGCUACCGAUACUUCUGCAGAUUCAGUAACUAGCACAACUACAAUGGCCGUCACUACUGAUCCAGUAAUUAUUUUAAUGGCCAAUCCAGAUUCAGGAACGAGUAUAACUUUAGCCACAGCUACAAAUUCAGUUACUACCACGGCAACUGAAAUGGUUGCCACUGCUAAUCCAGUAGUUACAGCUACCACCACAUAUUCAGUUACUACUAUGACUGCAAUGACUAAUACAGAUUCAGCAACUAGCACAACUGCAAUAGCCACCAUCGAGAGAAUUACCAAUAAUGAAGCCACCACUACUACGGCAGCUGCACCAAUUAUCACUCCUUAUUGUUGUAAAUGGGGAGAUCCCGGUUAUGGAUGGUUGCACAGCUAUAGUACAAUGGUAUCUUUUUAUGCUGAAACAUCAUUAGAAUGUUGUAUAGCUUGUCUCAAUAACGAUGAUUGUAUUCAGUGGGUGUUUGACAAUAAUCAUUAUAAUUGUUUGUAUUCAUCCAAGUCUGUAGGAGAUCCUAUAGGUGAUGUCUGUACAUAUCCAGACCCAUUUCUUCACUACUUUGAUGGUGGAAUUAUGAGAUGUUCAUCAACCGGUUGUAUGUCAUAA